AUGGCUUCAUCGGCGUCGCUAAAGGACCUCUCCAAGGCGAUCGUCGCCUUCCUCGCUGAGCCAACGGCUUCGCUGCCCGACGACUUAGAAAAGAUCAUUGAUGCCUACCUCCGCCGACACCAGAAAUACGAUGAUGCUACGGCAGAUCGCCUGCAGGAAGAGCUCCUGUCCAUUUUUGACAAGCACGUCAAAGACAAACCCUCAGCCUUCGCGCCCUUUCUGAACAUCCUUCGUCAACUGCUUUCGAUACUUCGAACUCCUGAGCGGAUAUUUGCAUGGUGGGACUCAUGCUCUGCGCUUCUAGCCAAGUCAUCUCCCGAGAAAGGUGUUGUGGAAGCCUCAUUGGCGAAUAUCAUGGAGAUCAUAUCAAUUGCGGAAGAGGAUCAUGACGGUUCUGAUUCUGGCCUUUCCUCCAACCCACUCAUUGACCGUCUGUUCACAGGAUGGAUGGAGAAGCUUUACCCGUCUGUCACCGAAGCGCUAUCAAGCCUUGAGGCAAACGAGAGAAUCACGCGGGAGGCUCUUGUGCAGUUUGGGAAGAAGCAUCCCAAGAUGCCAAGCUCACUGGUUCCGCAUCUACCUACGCUGUUCAACAUUUAUGCAAGGCUAUUAUUCUGGUCAAGAGAGCGGGCCGGCGUGGUUGAGCCUCAGCCAGAAGAUGCAGAUUCAUCCAAUUGGGAAGAAUGCAGUUAUGAGGCAGAGGUCGAUGAUCACCCUGUCUAUCACCUCCUUAACUACUAUACCAUUCUUUAUGGUCUCUAUCCGAUCAACUUCAUGGACUAUAUUCGCAAGCCUCAGAGAUACCUACGUCACGCCAAUGUUGCAAAUGCCAACGAUAUGGAAGUUCAGCCUACCGAGAUUCGAGACCAAUCAGAAAGAUUCCGCCAAUGCCAUUUACUUCAUCCAAACUUCUUCACCCUCACAAUUGAUUCGGAAAAGACGGAUUUUGGUCGCUGGAUCAAGAGCGAGGCCUCGGAGGUUGUUGCUCAGUGCAUGGCUUUGUGUUUCACAAACGAUUCCAACCAGCCUUUCGAGCAGCCUUUGUCUGUAUCUGAAGCGCCUCCAUCAAACGAAAGAUUUGUCAAAGAAAAUCACCCUUCUCUUCCAAUGACGAAGACUGAAUCCCACAACGGCUAUCGUUUGCCUACAUCCGCCAGUACGGACUCGCUAGCGAGUAGUCGUCGGCCAUCAGCUCUAAUUCGGCGGGGUUCCCAAUCAAGCAUUCCAUCAACCCGGGAUUCUAUUGAUGCCAGGAUAAGAGAACCAAACGCCGACAGUCCAACCCUUGGUCCUCAUCUCAUCCAAUCUUCCUCUCAUACACAACUACAGGAUAUGAUCCAAUCUAACAAGGCCAUCAAGUCAGGUUUGCAUCAGUCUUUGGCUAAUGAUAGCGUGCCAUCACUGUCACUCAGCAAUCAAGAUUCUGUGGCUGAUCGGCCUGGCCCAUCGCUACUGGGCGCUCCGCCAACUACCAGCACGCCACUUUCCUUGACUGAGACGAAUACACAAGUGGCUCAUCUACAGCGCCAGAUUUUACUCUUGCAGAAUGACUUAAAUUUUGAGAGAUAUUUGAAACAACAACAUAUGGCCCAUAUUGGUGACUUGCGCAGACGGCAUAUGGAGGAAGCUGUAACAGAGGCAGAAACACAGAAUCUACUCAUCACAAACCGUAACUUGAAGCACCGGUUUGAGGAAGCGAAGAAAGCCGAGAUGCAAGUUCGGCGGGAUUCGGAGAAGAGUCGUGCCCUUGCGAAGAAGUGGGAAGCCGACCUUUCCACCAAGCUUAAGAAGCUGCGUGACGAAUCAAAGCGACUCAAGGCUGACUACGAAGCGCUUCAGAAAGAGCUAGAUAAUUCCACUGCGGAGCGUGACAAGUUGAGGGUACUACUGUGCGAGGCCGAAGUCAAGGAGGUCAAUUGGAAGCAGAAUAUGCAGUCUAUCGAAAUUCAUAGCGCUGAAAUCGACCGCUUGAAAAGUGAAGUCGAUAGGUUGACAAAGGUUGAGCGUGAUUUUCAGGCCAAGGAACUUGAGCAACAAAGGGCAAUCGCUGCCGCUGUAGGCGCAGAGAGCAGAGUUGAGGUUCUGAAUCUUCAGCUUGCCAGUCGAGAGAAUGAAAUCGAGCGUGCUAGGAAGUUGUUCCAGAACCAAGUUGCAACCCUACAGACGAAGUUAUCCGAGGCGCAGGAGGGAAGAAUUCAACCUUCUCGAGAUUGCAAGGCAGCAAUUCAGGCAAUGCUCGCAGCAAGUCGAGAGAAGCAAGCUGAACUACAGAAGCAAUGCGACCUGCUGAUGCGCAAAUACACCGCCUUGCAGUCAUCGUUCCUGGAUAUGAAGACGGAAACGAAGCCAAGACAUCUCAGGAUCGAGACCUCACCAGAUGGAGAGCACGAUACGUCAUCCAUAUCAACGAGCCCAGUCAUGAUGAAAACGCGGUCACAGCGUGUGCUCUCAAGCCCUGACAUGGCAGAGGGCACUGCAUACAAUGUCACGCCACCUCUGGGGCACAAACCUGAAGCUGCUUUAUCACCGAAGUCAGGGGGUUGGGCACAUCCACCAGGGUCACCAUUGGGAACAGAUGCAUCAUCUCUAUCCAUGAGCCCGGAUCACCAGCGAUUCGGACGAAGUGAUGGGGGACGAUUACUUGCCAGGAGUCACUCGGACUUAUUUGCCAGCGCAACACACAAUCGACUCCGUAAAGAUUCGAAGGACAAGGUUAAAGAGGACGCAGGCGCGAAAAAAGACAAGAAACCAUCGGCGUUGAGGGGAAUCCGGGGCUUCAUGUAUGAAUGA